AUGGACCGGCUUAAGCCUAAAAGAGCAGCACGGCGUGCACAAAUUACUCGACUCGUGAACGAGGUCACGGAUCUUCGGCAGGACGUCGGUGUCAGUAAGACCGUUUUGAAUGGACUUCUAGCUCGCAUAGAAGAAAGUUACAAGGAACUACAAGCGGUGAACGCAGAAAUCGAGCCCUUCAUAAAGGAUGAGGAUUUACCCGCGGAGUACGAAGCAGUAUUCCGAUAUGAAGAGCAAACUGCUAAUGCGACUGCGGAACUACGGACACGGCUGGCUGAUUUUCAGCUUUUGGAACGGCACAUGGCUUCUCCUCAGUCGGAGCCAGUGUCGCCUCGUAUGCCACAGAUCAACCAACAAGUCCAAGCGGGGAUCAAGCUACCUACGUUGCAGUUGAUGACCUUCGCCGGUGAGCUCACAGAAUGGCGACCAUUUUGGGAGCAGUUCAAGACGGCAGUACAUGAAAACCAGCGGCUGAAUAAGACAGAGAAGUUCCAGUACCUAAACACGUCGUUGAAAGGACGAGCAGCUGAUUCCCUUCGUGGACUGCAAUCAACAGAGUCUUCCUACGACGACGCGAUUGAGAUACUAUCGCAGCGUUUCGGAGACACCUCUCUUAUACAACGGGAGUAUCUCGCGAGGCUACGGGAUUUACCAGCUGUGAAAUCACAGAGAGACGUACAUGGACUACGGUCUUUCUAUCCCUACAGAGAUGGUGGUUGA